CACCAUCAUCAUUACUACUACAAGAAUCGAAUCAUUAACAAAAACUUGGAGGUAUAGGAUCACUUUACUGGACAUUUGAUCUCAUCCUGCCUUCGCCACCAAGACUCGUUUGAUGUUUCGUAGAGAUUAGGGAAAGGCAGUGCUGGGUGCCACAGCCAUUCUUAAAAUCAUUUCGUCACAAGAAAAGGAGACAUCGAUCCAGACUACAGAUAAGGAAGUACAUUCAAUCGUGCCAAAUCGAAUGAUCCUUCUGUAAAACUGACGAAAAGAUGGUCAAACGUCAACCACGCUUCAAUGCUGGUCCUUCGGUCUCACCGAUCGAGGAAUAUUCUCAUCAUCCAUUUCCUUCAAAAUCAAAAAGUGUCAACAAGCUAAUACACAAUGAAGGAAUACGAAUGAGAGAUAAGGAAUUGGAAAUUGAACGAACACACCAAAAACAACGCUCUCAAAGUCAUUGGCCAGCCGAUUUGGACGAUAUGUUGGAAUCUCUGGGUUUGGUAGAGAGCAAUGAAGGUGCAGUGGACGUGCCACUCUGGAAUAAACCUCCUUCGCCUGCUGAUCAUCACGAUGGAUCCAGCUCAAUCGAUUCUUCUUCGAAAUAUCGAUCAACCAAUGUCGAUAUAUCUAGGGGAUCCACAUCAGAGAGAAAUGAUCAUCCUAGACUGUUGAAAUCUGACACUCCACCUUCUCUGGUCGAUCAUCUCCAGCAACGUCUUGCUGCUAAUCGAAUCCAGCCAGCCUAUAGCGUCAAAGGGAGCGCUACAACUAGCUCACGCUCUGAUCAAGGACGGAUUCACAGUCCCACUUCAUUUAUGCUCACAAAUGAAGGCGGUGACGGUCCGCCUCCGAUCUUUAGUCCACCAGAAAGUUCAGAUGAGACAUUGGCGCUUUUGUUGCCUUUGCUUGUCCUGCUAUCCACGCUUCUAUUACUUCUGCUUACGUUUGUGAUUUUGGUCAUCUUCGUUCGCCGUAGAGCGCGGAUCGCCCUGACGGAUGGGGAUGGACCUCUUGACGUUGGAAGGGAAGAAGAGUUGGAAGGUCUCGGUGGCUUGGACGGAAUAGAGGAAAGAUGGCUCGAGACUGUUGACGAUGCAACACGAAGAGGAUAUCUUCGCGCAAAGGAUUGGUCUCUAUCUUCGCCUCCCGGUUCGCAAGCAUCAGAGAUUACCUUGUCACAAUUCUUGAGCAUCCAAGAAAAAGGUGUAUCAGCAUGGAGCUUCGAUCCAGACUACGAGAUCAAUCCUAGUGUUUAUGUCGCAGGAAGAACGGAAAUCUCUUUCUUAGCGGAUGGCGAAGGCAUGGCACCACAAGAGGGAGGAGGAUGCUCAGUGCAAAGCAAUCUCCCUCUUCCAAAGCUCAAUGAAGUAUACUAUUGGGAGACAAAGAUCUUUACAAAGCCUGAAGCAACAAACAUCUCUAUUGGUCUGGCUACAAAACCGUAUCCAAGCUUCAGGAUGCCAGGUUGGAGUAAGUUCUCCGUUGGCUACUUUUCGGCUGAUGGCUUCAAAUGUCACAAUUAUCCAUUUGCCGCUCAAUCGUAUGGGCCCGCAUACGUUCAAGGAGACGUGAUUGGAGUUGGAUUCAGACCUCGUUCAGGCACAGUCUUCUUUACAAGAAACGGUAAAAGACUGGAAGACGCUUUUGUCGGCUUGCACCGCUACAACUUAUUUCCCACAAUUGCAGCAGAUGGAGCCGCUGAGGUUCAUGUCAAUCUUGGGCAAGCUGGAUUUGUAUUCAUUGAAGCCAACGUGAAGAAAUGGGGACUUGCACCAAUGGUAGGCACUUUGGCCCCACCUCCGCCUUAUGGACAAGAAAGAGGAAGUAUUCUCAUCGAAACAGGACAAGGCGGAUCCUCUGAUGCGAAUCAGAACGGCAAUGACCUUCUACAUCCUCCACGGAAUAUCACCCCUCCUCCACCGCUAACUCCACCAAAUGAACGAUCAGAAGAGGAUUUGCAUCCAUCUUCUUCCUCAUCGUCUUUGAGUAGACGUGCUCGUGCCCGGAGAAAUCGACAAAUGCUUCCACCUCUCAAUCACACAUCCUCGUCGGAAUCUUACCAUCGCGGGAACAGCGGAGAAACGACUCGUCGGGAUUCAAUGUCAUCAAGCGACGAUGAACCUCAUAAUCCUCCUACACCGCAUCAUCUGGACAUUAGUUUGCACUCUUUGGAUGCAUUAGGAACUGCUAAUAAUGAAGAGGAAGAAGGAGUGGAUUCAUCUCGCUCUGGCUCAUCAUCGCAAACACAAACGGUAAGAGGAAGAAGGCAACAAAGUAACAAUGCUGGCUAUUUCCCAUAUAUGUUUUCGUCAAAUAAUGGGGAGAAUGCAUCUGCCUCACAUACAAGAAGUCCAAGUCCACCCCCUUAUUCUGAUUUACGAUCCGGUUGGCCAUCUGAUUCGGGCGCUUUAGGUGGAACUAGUGCUGCUCACAAUCAAGCAAGACGUGGUUCUGGACGUACGCAUUCGCUUGCAAAUGCUCUUUUGGGAGCAUUGGCAGAUAGAGGAUUAUUGACACCUCUUUCAGCACAAGAUGGUACGACACAUUCCAGUUCUGGAUCAGGUUCCAGUCCAACAGGAUCGUACGAACGAUUAGCCUCGCAUGGUCAAUUAAAUCAAGAUACUUCCAGUAAUAACCAAAACGGACAAUCUUGGCUUUCAUCUUGGUUUCGAUGAGGAGUCGGUCUAAAGAUAGAAGUUAUUCAAUUAUUUCAUUCAAUUAUUCUGCAGUGUCUCGCUUCAUUCUUUAAUCAUCGGUUUUCUCCCCUUUUCUUAUAUAUUUACAUGCUCGGUAACCAUUUGUAUUUUAUUCUUGCCUCAAAGCUUUCUUUCUCAAUCUAUAAUGCGUAC